AUGGGUUUUUCGGAGAAUCCUAAGUUUUUUUUGUUAGUCAAGAAGGUCUUAAAAAAGUGGAAAUUUAUAGGAAUCAGCCUAUCUGUCGUGGGCUUGGCUUACCUUUGCGUGUUCAACAAAUUUAGCAAAAAGGCCGAACUGGACGCGCUGAACUUUUCGCAAUUCCCAGGCAAUUCCAAUUUGAGCAAAACGGAUGAAGACUUCCUAAACAACACGAGCAGAUAUUUUUCAAAUUAUGGAUUGAAGGAAGAUAUAAUAGAUGUAAUAAAUGAGUACAUCAGAAGCAUUUCCCCGUUUGUUCAAACGACGAAGCGAAAGAUUAGGGGGAAGGGUGAUAUACUCAUCAGCACUGUGGCAUGCAAAUUUUGCAACAACAUGGAAAAUAUAAUCGUUGUAGUCAACUUCGAUUACAAGGAAAGGAAAAAUUUUCAUGCAAUUUCAGUUGGUUUAACGUUAAUGAAUUAUUUUCAAAACUGCAAUUAUAUGAGUAAGGAUAUUAUAUUUUUGUUUACGAACAAGGAAUGGCUAUAUUCCUUAGGAGUACAGAAAUUUGUCGAGAAUUUUUUAUAUAGUAAUGAUGUAAGGAAUGGUAGGAAGGCCCUGUCCAGGUCGGCCAUCAUAAUAGAAUUUGAUUCUGUGUACCCUUCACAUAUACACAUAAAUUAUGAAGGGCUAAAUGGGCUCUUGCCUAACCUGGACUUUAUCUUGCUACUAACGAAUGAGCUAAACUACUACAACAUUCCUGUGAAAGUGGAAUCCCCUCAUCAUGCGAUCUUUGACAUGGCUUUGGAGCGGGGCUACGAGAAGGGGCACGUCUACUUUUUGAGGGAAAACAUUGCAGCCUUCACCGCCGUAGGUGUGAGUAAGAUCCCGUUGAAAAACAAAAUGCUAAAUUUGUUUAAUUUUACCAAGUCGAUGGAAAGUUUUAUAAGGAGCCAAAGCAAUACCCCCGAAGGAUUUUGUCACUCAUCCAACUUUUACUUUUUCGAUACGAUUAGAAGAAGAAUUCCCAUCAGUGUGUACUGUUACAGUGUCUACUUAAUAUGUGCCUACGCCAUUUUGAAGUUACUAAAAGGGUCCAUUUUGCGAAGUUACACAAAUCUGAUGGUGGGUCUGUACGCCUAUGUAAAAACCAUUUUUAUAAUUUCAUUGCCUAUAUAUUUAUUUUCCACAAAUGAUAAAAUUUACGAAGUGUUAAGAUUGGAAAAGAAGCUUCCACUUUGCACAGAAUGGCAUCCAGAUCGUUACGAAAAUUACGUGGAAAUAGCGCACUACUGGUGGGAAAUCCUCAUCCUCUCCAUCAUUGUGGCCCUUGUUUUUAACUACGUAAUUUCUUGUAUGGUUAAAAAAAUCAACAAGGUGAAUAAAUAUGAGAAGGUCCAGAAAAUUGAAAAAAUUGACCUUUUGGAUAAGGUAAAAAAGUUGAAUAAUAAAAUAAACAGUAUAUCUGGAAUAAGCCAUCUUUAUGCGAAUUUGGAUAAUGAAGAUAUUUUAGCUAAGUGGAGUGAUUUUUCCAAUUUGACUAAACCGAAAAUUGUGCAUAGUGAUGAUGAGGAGUUCCUUCGGGAGAAGAAAAACAGAACCCUGGUUAAGAAGCUACAGGACGAAUUGGAUGAGGUGGAGAAGACAUUACAACUAUUCGACAGCGGAAAUGUCCUGUACAUUUUUAAGAAUUCUAUCGCUCCCUAUUAUUCGAUAAUGAGUUGCAUGAAUUGCUUUUUCUUCAUUUUUGUUGUGCUCCUGUCGUCGCUGUACAACUGGUCCUACUCAGUCCUCUUCAGCGUGCUCUUCGUAAUUCCCGUGUCUAUCCUCCACAACGCAAAGACACAGCGCAAGAAAGUGAUCCAGAAGGCCAUAAUUUUGACGUUCAUUCUGAUGGGCCUAGUACUGAUGUAUCCCUACGGAGGUUUCAUUCUGAACGCAAGAGACAAACUGAUAAAGGAACUAAUAAACGGAUUUGCAAAGUGCCAGAAAUAUUUGGCAAAGUCAAAGUUAGCAGAUACUAAGUACUUCCCUAAUUUUUUGGAAUUCCUAUGCUCGAACAAAAUUUUCGAACCGUUACAUUUAAAUAAAUAUUAUUUAAAUAAUCAGAACAUCAAAUUUAAUUACAACAAUAAUAUUAAGAACGAAGUUUUGCUAAAUCUGUAUAGCAUGGCUAGAAACCAUUACUGUGUUGGUUCACAAGUGUAUCCUCUUAUAUGUUUCACUUUUUUUCCCGUUUUUUUUUUCAUAAUAUAUGUUUUUUUUUGUUAG